CUGUAGGAAACAAGCUCAAACCAGUUUCUGUUGAGCAGAAGAGAAACUCCCACACUCCUUGUUACUAAGAGCAGAAAUGGCACAUGGAGGAGUUCAACUAAACCAAGGUAACUUCUCCUGUUCAAUCUGUUUGGAUUUACUAAAGUAUCCUGUGACCAUUCCCUGUGGACACAGCUACUGUAUGAACUGUAUUAACGACUUCUGGAAUGGAGAAGAUCAGAGGAGGAUCUACAGCUGCCCUCAGUGCAGGAAGGAGUUCAGACCGAGGCCUGGACUGGAGAAAAACAUCACGUUAGCUGCCUUAAUGGAGGAUGUGAAAAAGUUAGGACUCCAGGCUGCAGCAGAUGAUCACUGCUAUGCUGGACCUGAAGACGUGGCCUGUGAUGUCUGCACUGGGAGGAAGAGGAAAGCUGUUAGAUCCUGCUUCACUUGUCCAGCUUCUUACUGUCAGAAUCACCUCCAGCCUCACUAUGAUGUCCCUGGAUUAAAGAAACACAAGCUGGUGAAUCCUUCCAAGAAUCUCCAGGAGAACAUCUGCUCUCGUCAUGAUGAGGUAAAGAAGAUCUUCUGUCGUACUGAUCAGCAGUGUAUCUGUUAUCUCUGCACCAUGGAUGAACAUAAAGGGCAUGAAACAGUCCCAGCUGCAGCAGAAAGGACUGAGAAGCAGAAGAAGCUCCAGGAGAGACGACAACAAAUCCAGCAGAGAAUCCAGGAGCAAGAGGAAGAUGUGAAGCUGCUUCAACAGGAGGUGAAGGCCAUCAACGGCUCUGCUGAUAAAGCAGUGGGGAACAGUGAGAAGAUCUUCACUUGUUUGAUGCGUCAGAUCCAGAAAAUAAGCUCUGAUGUGAAGCAGCGGAUCAGAUCCCAGCAGAAAACUGAAGUGAGUCGAGUCAAAGAGCUUCAGAAGAAGCUGGAGCAGGAGAUCACUGAGCUGAAGAGGAAAGAUGCUGAGCUGAAGAAGCUCUCAAUCACAGAGGAUCACACCCAGUUUCUCCAGAACUACCCCUCACUGUCAGCACUCAGUGAGUCUACACACUCAUCCAGGAUCAAUAUUCGUCCUCUGAGAUACUUUGAGGAUGUCACACCAGCUGCGUUAGAGCUCAGAGAGGAACUAGUGGACGUCCUGAGAGACACAUGGACAAACAUCUCAGAAGCAGUCACUGAAGUGGACGUUUUACUGUCAGAACCAGUGACAAGAGCUGGAUUCUUAAAAUAUUCACAAAAAAUCACUUUGGAUCCAGCAACAGCAAACAUGAAUUUACUACUAUCAAAGGAAAACAGACAAGUUAAAAGAACAAACUGUGAACAGUCUUAUCCUGAUCAUACAGACAGAUUCACUGAUUAUAAUCAGGUCCUGAGUAAAGAACCUCUGACUGGACGUUGUUACUGGGAGGUGGAGUGGAGAGGAAAGGAGGGAAUAGAUGUUGCAGUUUCAUACAAGAACAUCAACAGAACAGGAUGGUUAAAUCAAUGUAAAUUUGGAUACAAUAGCAAAUCUUGGUCAAUAUGCUGUAAUGCAAACAGUUACGCAUUUUUUCACAAAGGAGUUAAAACUCCAGUAUCAGGUCCAGUUUCGUCCAGAAUAGGAGUGUAUCUGGAUCACAGAGCAGGUAUUCUGUCUUUCUACAGCGUCUCUAAAACCAUGACUCUCCUCCAUAGAGUCCAGACCACAUUCACUCAGCCUCUAUAUGCUGGGAUUGGGUUUAAAGAAUUUAAUGAGUCUGAGAUGAAAAUUCGUAAGAGUCUAGUAGGUGGAGAUUCUGUUGAGUUUCUUAUACUGAAAUAGUCAGUAUAAAUAGUCAGGAUAAACUCCCAGAAACCUCCAGCAGAACCAGGAUCUGUGUGAGCGGCUUUCUGCCGGCUAGGGUUCAGGGAGAAAGUAGUAGACGUGCAAAAAAUAAAUAAAUCUUUGUACAAAAAUAUUCUUUCUGUUCAGUUUUGUUGUGAUUCAGAUCUAAAGAAAAGCAUCGUCUCCUGCUCAGAUCCUGCAAUUCAGUGAAAAGGUGGAGUCAGAGUAAAAAAAAUUGCAAGCCCAGGAGAAAGAGAGGACUGGAGGAGUGUGAGGGAAAUUAGCUGUCAUUCGGCUGGAGUUUGACGGGGAAGUGCCAUUAAAUGGCCGCUACUGUAGAAGCACUGAUCCAUGUCUAGUAAUCAAUUUGGCUGUAUGAUCUGAUUGAACUGUAAAGUGCCUUAAGAUGACAUGUGUUGUGAAUUAACACUAUAUAAAUAAACUGAAUUGAAUUGAAUUGAU